GGUCAGCCGUUCCCUCCGCCCUCCCUCCCUCCCUCCCUCCCUCGGAGAAGAGGGCCCGGUGGAAAAGAUGAUUGAAGAAAGUGGAAAGAGGAGGAGGACGAUGGCAGAGAAAAGACAGCUCUUCAUGGAAAUGAGAGCUCAGAAUUUUGAUGUCAUCCGACUGUCAACAUAUCGGACUGCCUGCAAACUGAGAUUUGUGCAAAAAAGAUGUAAUUUACAUCUUGUGGAUAUCUGGAAUAUGAUUGAAGCCUUCAGAGAUAAUGGCCUUAACACAUUGGACCAUAAUACAGAGAUCAAUGUAUCUCGACUAGAAACUAUCAUUUCCUCCAUUUACUAUCAGUUGAAUAAACGCCUUCCAUCUACUCACCAGAUCAGUGUGGAGCAAUCCAUCAGCCUUCUCCUCAACUUCAUGAUAGCAGCAUAUGAUAGUGAAGGUCAUGGAAAAUUGACAGUGUUUUCCAUAAAGGCAAUGUUGGCAACUAUGUGUGGUGGAAAAAUUCUGGACAAGUUAAGAUAUAGUUUCUCUCAAAUGUCAGAUUCCAAUGGGCUGAUGAUAUUUUCAAAAUUUGACCAGUUUCUAAGAGAAGUUCUGAAACUUCCUACAGCUGUUUUUGAAGGGCCUUCUUUUGGCUACACAGAAAAUUCUGUGCGAACAUGUUUUCCUCAGCAGAAAAAGGUAACAUUAAAUGUGUUCUUAGACACUUUAAUGGCUGACCCUCCACCCCAGUGCCUUGUGUGGCUACCUCUGAUGCAUAGACUUGCCCAUGUUGAAAAUGUCUUCCAUCCUGUGGAAUGUUCUUACUGCCGAUGUGAGAGCAUGAUGGGCUUCCGAUACCGAUGCCAGCAGUGCCACAACUAUCAACUCUGUCAAAACUGCUUUUGGCGUGGCCAUGCAAAUGGCCCUCACAGCAACCAGCAUCAAAUGAAAGAGCAUUCCUCUUGGAAAUCGCCUGCCAAGAAGCUGAGCCAUGCCAUUAGUAAAUCUCUUGGUUGUGUACCCACUAGAGAUCCUCCUCACCCUGUAUAUCCGGAACAGCCAGAGAAGCCCCUUGACCUUGCCCAUAUAGUCCCUUCUCGGCCUCUCGUUAACAUGAAUGAUGCUAUGGUUACUCAUGUGUCCUCGGGAGCCCCCACGCCAACAAAAAGGUAG